UGAAAACGAUCGUACUAUAUCAUGGUGCUUUUGGGAGUUACUUCCGGGAGGAAGGAAAAACAAAAAGUUUAGUAAAGAUUAAACCUUGGUAAAUCCAUCGCCAUCCGCCAUGGACAGCCAAGGCAACCGAGUCAUUGUUUGUGAUAAUGGAACAGGGUUUGUAAAAGUUGGAAAUGCAGGCUCAAACUUCCCGUCAUUUAUAUUCCCAUCCCUUGUUGGUCGUCCUAUCAUUCGAUCUGCUGUCAAAGUCAACAAUGUUGAAAUUAAGGAUAUCAUGAUUGGAGAUGAGGCAAGUCAGCUGAGAUCUAUGUUAGAUGUGAAAUACCCAAUGGAAAAUGGUAUCGUACGUGACUGGGAUGAUAUGCAACUGUUGUAUGAUUAUACAUUUGGACAAGAGAAACUUGGCAUUGAUACCAGAAAUACCAAAGUGCUUCUCACAGAACCACCCAUGAACCCAAUGAAAAAUAGAGAAAAAAUGAUAGAGGUUAUGUUUGAAAAGUACCAGUUCCAGGGAGUUUAUAUAGCUAUACAAGCUGUGCUUACUCUAUAUGCUCAAGGUUUAAUCACUGGAGUUGUUGUAGAUUCAGGAGACGGUGUAACACAUAUAUGUCCUGUAUACGAGGGCUUUGCUCUCCCUCAUCUCACACGACGUCUCGAUAUUGCAGGCAGGGAUAUCACUAAAUAUCUUAUCAAAUUGCUCUUGUUGAGGGGCUAUGCAUUCAACCAUUCAGCCGACUUUGAGACAGUACGAAUGAUGAAAGAGAAAUUGUGCUAUGUAGGAUAUGACAUUGAACAGGAACAAAAACUUGCCUUAGAAACAACAGUGCUAGUAGAAUCUUAUACUUUACCAGAUGGCAGAGUGAUCAAGGUGGGUGGGGAGCGGUUUGAGGCUCCAGAGGCCUUAUUUCAACCCCAUCUCAUCAAUGUAGAAGGUGACGGGGUAGCUGAAAUGUUAUUCAAAGCCAUUCAGGCUGCUGAUAUGGACACUCGACCAGAAUUUUACAAGCAUAUAGUGCUAUCAGGAGGUUCCACUAUGUAUCCCGGUCUGCCAAGUCGACUUGAGAGGGAAUUAAAACAGUUGUAUCUAGAGAGAAUCCUUAAAGGCAAUACAGAAGCAUUGAGUAAAUUUAAAAUUCGUAUAGAAGAUCCACCUAGGAGAAAGCAUAUGGUGUUCCUAGGAGGAGCUGUCCUUGCUGAUAUCAUGAAAGACAAGGCUGAUUUCUGGAUGACACGAGAAGAAUACCAAGAAAAAGGCACCAAGGUUCUUGAAAAACUUUUGGGACCACUUAAGUGAACAGACAGAUCAUGUGAUAGUUGUUACUUUAAUAUUGAGAACUUUAGUAUUGAAUGUUAACUGGACUGCCCUAAUGAACAAAUUUAUAGUCUUAUAAAAUUCUGAAGUAGAUUGUUGGUAAAUCAUUGGGAUUUAGACAUACUGAUAUUCUCAUUGUUGACAUUUGAUGGUAAUGGAUAUUUCCUGUUGGAAUUUGAGACAAAUCUAUUGCAGAAAAAUAAAAAGACAGAUAAUAAAGAAAACAUUGAUUUUGAGACAAAUCUAUGGCAGAAAAAUAAAAAGACAGAUAAUAAAGAUAACCUUCUGUCUGCCCAUACUGUCUCUCAUUCCUGUUGGUAGUCUGUCUUGAAAAAAAAAGGAUCGACGAUUUAUGCUUAAGAGAAUUUAAGUACUGAAGACUCGCCCUUAAAAUUUUCCCUUUCAGUAUUCAAUUAUUUUUAUAUCCACAGAUAACUUACUGGUUUAUAUUGCAUCUGAUGUUCUCUCAAUUAAAGAUAUUUUCAUCUAAGAGUGAAAUAAAUGAAUAUCCUCUGUAAAUGUAAAACAUAUGGUUAGUAUGUAUAUGUAACACGUAUAUUAAGAAAAACCAGAUUUUGCAAAAAAUAUAUGACCAAUAGUGAAGACUGCCUAAGUUGUAACUGUAACUGUGUGAUCAUUUGUAGGUAUCACUUGUUUUAAGGAUAUUUUUGUAAAAACCAAGUCGGUUUUACAUGAAGGGUAAUAAAACUUCAGAUCGUUCAAAUUUAAUGUACUGUUCUGAGACUGAAUUGUAAGCCUUACUAUGCAUUAUUGUGCCAUUGCAUUUGUUUAAAAGUGUCUCUGAGAUUUUUUUAAUGAAUUGAAUGAUGACAUGCUGGGCAUGAAUAUUUUGUGAAAGUGCUAUGAUGGGCAAACAAUCGUGAAACUAUUCGUAUGUUCGGUACAAAGAAAUGUAUUUGGCUUAAUUUAAUUAUUUACUGCAUUUUCAUUAUCUCUGUCACAACUUCCUUGCUUUUCCAAAUAACAAAUUGGCAAUAAAAUGUGUAACUGAUUCAAAUGCUUUUGAUGGAGUCAAGGGGAUCUUAGAGCGACUGUUUAAAAAUGCAACUGUCAGUUAAUUCUUUUAACUUUUCAUCCUUUUACAUGUAGUAACUCGUACUGUUUCUCUUUUCUAACUGAUGUCUGGAUGAAAGUGAAUGUAUAGAUGUUGACUCUUUGCAGCCUUUAUCAAGGACUUGAAUAGAUUUACUAUUUAGGUUCCCCGUUUAAAGUCCUGGUUUAUUUAUAUUUCGCUGCCUCUUCAUUCCAGUAAUAUAUACAUGAACGAAAUUAUAUAAACAUAAUUAUAAUGUUAUUGCUCUUGUUUGUAUAUAUAAUAAAGCAAUGUAUAAAAUAAAUAUGAUAAAACAA